UGAAAAACAGCAGCAGCAGAACGAGGAGCCUCAACCUUCCCCAGUGCGGUACACUCCAGGGUGGGCAGCAUGUGGUGCUUUCUGUUGUGUUGUGUGUUAUGGUUCCCGGGUCUGCUUUGCACCCUUCCAGCAGCGACUCACCAGCCCCUGCAUGAGUACUCCGAUGGGGACGUCAUCAUCGGUGGGCUUUUCCCGAUUCACUUACAACCCAAUCACACCUUCCCGUCAUCGAGGCACGUCUCGUGCAACGAGUAUCAUUUUCAACAAUUCCUAGCUGCGCAAAUGAUGAUAUUUGCGAUCAAGAGGGUAAACCAGCGCAGAGCUCUGCCUGAUGUGACACUUGGCUACGACGUGUACGAUACCUGCGGGGAUGUGUCCCUGGCCAUGCGGAUGGCCCUCAACAUGUCCAUCGACCAACUGGACCCCCAGUGCGGGUUGUUACCUGGAAGGAAGCCCAGUUCAGCGCCCGACCCUCGAGUCAAAGCAGUGAUCGGCGAGGGUUCUUCCGAAGUGUCCAUCGCUGUUGCACGAAUAUUAACCCUGUCAUCGAUCGCCCAGAUUAGUUAUGCAGCAACCAGCGAACUGCUCAGCAAGAAGGCCAAGUUCCCCACUUUUCUUCGGACAGUGAACAGCGAUGUGCUGCAGACCAAAGCCAUGGCAGAGCUUGUGAAGACGUUCAACUGGUGGACGGUCGGAAUCGUGGGCAGCGACGACGAGUAUGGCAAAUACGGCAGCGACGGCCUGGAGGAUCAGUUCAAUGCCAUGGAUAAUGUGUGCGUUGACUUUAAGUUCAUCCUGCCUGCCCACUUAGACCUCAGCGGUAGCAAGGCCCAAAAGCAAUUAACUGAGCUAAUGGACACUAUUGGAAACUCGACCGCCGAGGCUAUCAUUCUGUUCACCAGGGAGUCAAACGUGAAGCUUGUCCUGGAAGCCGCCAUUCAGAUGAACCUGAACAGAACUUGGAUCGCUAGUGAUACGUGGUCCAACUCCUCUGACAUCAAAGAGCUCCCAGGCAUCGAGGCAAUCGGGCCCUUCUUUGGAAUCGCCUUUAAAAGUCACAUUGUUGAAGGCUUUGCCGACUACGUAUCUUCAAUGGUCGAAGAAAAAUCUUCAAACCCCCUAUGGGAGUAUCAUAAAUUGAACCAUCCGCCCUGUCAAAGUGCCCCUCAAGAGAAGCUGAAUUGUUCACUAACGGCGAGCCAAUGCAUGGAAACGAGAUGUCUGGUGCAUUACAUUUUCUGGGAUUUGUCCCUCAAUAUCUACUUGGCAGUCGAAGUAAUAGUCAAUGCUCUGAGUAGUCUAAUGAAGUGUGACGGAGAAAAAUGUCAACGAAAUACCAGCUUUACGGCAUACGAGCUAUUGAACGAAAUCAAGAAUGUCAACCUCACCGUGAAUGACACACACAUAGUGUUUGAUGAUAAUGGAGAUCCCAUGCUUGGAUAUGACAUCGUCGCAUGGAACUCGCCCAGUUCGGGAACUAUUGGAGAGUAUCUGCCAGGAGGAAAGAUCAAUCUCCCCCCGAGCCUUGUUGCAACGAUGGCUAAUGUAACGUUCACUGCUUUCAACUGCAGUAAGACCUGUCCAGUGGGACAGGAGCUGAAAAAAAAUGGAAUGAAAUGCUGCAAGCACUGUAUUGUGUGUAGUGACGGUUAUGUUUCUUCUGAAAUUGGUACGCAGAAUUGUACAAAGUGUAAAGAAGGUGAGUAUUCAUCCUGGGAACGUGACAAGUGUUUGGUUAAAGAACAUGAAUUCCUUAAAUGGAAGAACCCCUUUAUUACUACCCUGUCGAUCUUCAACAUAAUCGGGAUUGUUGCCACCGUUGUGGUGGGUGUUAUACUCGUGGUUAAUCGAGGCACUCCCAUUGUGAAAGCCGUUGGGGGCUACCUGUGUUUCUUGGAGCUUUUCUCCUUACUCGCCUGCUUCUGCCUGAGCUUUACCUUCAUAAUGAAACCCUCUCCAUUAUCCUGCAUCACAGGUAUGCCGCUAUUUGGGAUAGCUUUCACUCUCUGUGUUUCCUGCGUUCUGGCCAACCUCCUCCAGAUCUUCGUGUGUUUCACCUUUUCCCAGAAUAUGGGGGGCUGGCUCAGAAAGGUCAACCAGCCACCGGCUGUAGUCGCUAUUUUAUUUGGGGUCCAGCUGGUCUUGUGCUCAAUAUGGCUAGCCUGUUUUCCACCGUCUCUUCAAAGAGAACCACAUAAGAAAGCCUUCGAACUUAAGUGUGAUCCUACAUCCAAAGCUCUAUUUGGUGCUGUUUUAAGCUAUGUGGCUUUAUUGGCCGUAGUCAGUUUCCUUUUUGCAUUCAAAGGAAAAAAACUGCCAGAUCUGUACAAAAACGCCAGCUUUGUCACCAUCGGCAUGUUGCUGGUUUUGGUGGUGUGGAUCAUCUUCAUACCAGUGUACCUGUUCGGAGACGGGGUCUACACAGAGGCCAUCAAGGCGGCGGCUGUCCUUGUGUCCAGCCACAGCAUGCUCUGUUGCCACUUGGUCCCCAAGUGUUAUAUCAUGGUGUUCAGGAAGGAGCUGAACGACGAGAAAGCCAUCACUGAUUACAUCAGGAACCACUUCGAACAGAAAGGCAUUAAUGUUUUAAAGUCAUAAUUGUGAUGUCUCCUCUGAUUCUUACUAUCACCUGAACUCUUAUUUUUCUAAGAUCAGGUUGGAAUUGGUCUGUUCAGUGGAUAUAAUGGAGUUGUAAUGUUGAUCUCUGUCUUAGCCCUGUUUAUUGUAAAUAAAAAAAUGUAAUUCCAUCUGAAUACCUGUGAAUAAAGCAUGCUUCCCAUUAUAAGCCACUACCUAUAAAUCAGUUUAUGCUUAACAAGGACAGUGUAUUCUGAUAAAUAUUGAGCAAUAAGCCUUCAGAGACACCAUUAAAAGUUUGUUUAAGACUAUGUAUCAGAAAAAAUGAAGGGAGCAGUGUUCAGUCACACCAGAGUACUUGGAUUGUAUAAGAACAAAGUGGCAUUCAAGACAUUUGUGCCCACCUCCUUCAGUUGGGCCUGUAUGGCUCCACCAGCGACCACUGGUUUUAUAUGAAUGGCUUGCUAUACUUUAACUUACUGUGCGUCAAUUGAAUUGUGGUAAAGAGAGUUAGGGUUAUAUCAUUGAGUACAUGAUGAUUUUUUCUGAAUUGUUCAUUUCUUUCACACUGGGCUAAUAAAUGGAUAUCUUGUCCUUUGCUUCUGGAAACCUGUUUUUGCUUUCGGAGUCUGCGUAAUAUAAUGUAUUGGCCUUUAUCAGUUUAAGUAUGGAGAAAAAAAAACGGGUGUAACUCAUGAAGUAAAUCAAAUAUUUCAGGAAAGUUUAACGGCAGGAACUGAAUUGUCCCUCCAAAGCUAACCCCAUGUUUAGCUCAUUAAAUUUGUCAUGAGGAUCGACUUCUCAGUUUACACAUGAUCAGGAAAUAAAGUAUCAUACAUGCCGUUUU